UUAAAAAGAGAGAGAAAAGAUUAAGAAGAGUAAAACUAUGUCAAUGUGUAACAUCCUAAUCUUCGCAGCCCUUUUACUCAGCUUCAUGAUUACUGCUUCGGUAGCCCGUCCAUACUCGACUCUCCAGAGCAAAGAUACGGAGACGGAGAAGAAGUGUGAAACGAACGAGUGUCUGAUAAAAUCGACGUUGGAUGCUCAUCUUGACUACAUCUAUACCCAAUCGCCUCCCCCGAAACUGCAUACAGUCGUUAAAGAAAUAGGAACACUAUGUGAAACGGAGGAAUGUUUGAUGAAAGCAACGUCAAGUGCUCACCUGGAUUACAUCUACACUCAGAAGUCUCCUCCACAACAUUAAGCCAAUCAAUAAUUAAUAUAUUCAACUUGUGUUCCUUCAAUUUCUGUUGUGAUCUCCAUAUUUCUAUACUACCAAUAAAAACUUAAUCAACAAAAACUUAA